UUGCCCGCUUACUUGCUCCGGUGGUCGCACGCCCAAUGCAUUUGGAAUUGGAGCAAAACCAACUGUCAUGUCCUUUCAACUCAUCCUUUCUGCACUUUCCCUUAUCUUAUUGGUGUGUUGCGGUUUAAGGACCUGCGGCUAACAGAUGGGCAUUCAGACUCGCAAACGAUGCACAUUAGCGACAAGUAGCGACAAAAAAAAAAGAAAUAGAAGACCGUAGACUAUUAGCUUGGCAGACUCGUCUUCCUUUUUAUUGUGCCGAAUGCCUCGGGGGACACAUUGCACGCGUAUGCAAACACCUUUUGCUGCUCUGUCCCUGGCUUGGCGCAACUCGGUGCUGGCCUUGACUGCACAAAUACGGAUGAGCAAUAGAAAUACGGCAAAAAAUACAUCAGCUUUAAUAUUUACUAUUGUCGUUGUCUGACCGGAUAGGGGAGGAAAGGAUCAUUGCUUGACAACAAGCUCUGACAAAUGGGCCUUUGCUGACUUUGAGUGGAAAAGGGGAUACUUUCGUCCACUUCCAGGAUUUUUUCAAACCCUACAGUAAACAAAUAUUCGGAGCUCAGACCAAAAAUAAUGUUCCUGUGGGAACCAAUCACACAUUGACCGCAGACAUCCAAUGAAAAUAUGCAAGGAAAACAUGGCACGUGAUGUGGUUUGCUGAAAUGCUGUGAACAAAUAAAAAAAAAAAAAAAAAAAAAGAAGAAAAAAAGAAGAAGAAAAGUUCUUGGAGAAGCAACAACCUGUUGCGGUCACAGCAGGUGGCUUCACGAUGGUCGUGCGUGUAGAUCUGAGCACAAAUAUUUGUGUUUUCCAAAGUUAGAGGCCAGAAUUUACAGAACUACAAACUACUGGAAACAACACAUUACACAACAUCAUGACCUCAUGUUUUCCUUAAACUGUUGACUUCUAUCACCCAAAUCGUAUUACUUACGCUCCAAAGCCCCUUUUUCAUUUGUUUUUGUGUUAACAAUUCCGAGGCGGACUGGCUGGUAUGUUUCAGGUCAUCGUCCUGCCGCGUAAUCUCAGAGCGCUCGAUCUUGAGGGCCCAAACGGAGAGCAGACGCACGGACCGGGACGGGGCUCGGUCAGACGCGUACUUGUGUCCCCUCUCGCUGAUGAUCGGUGAGGUCUGCUCUGGCACUUUGCGUCAGCUUGCAAUUGGAAUAGCCGGAUAGCCGGACGUGCACCUGCGGGAUUUUCUGGUCCACAGAAGUAAUCCAGGUCCUGAAAUACCUAAGCACCCCAAACCAUCACAGUGCCAGCGGUCUGACUGUUGGCAUGAUGUUCUUUUUUUUUUUUUAAUCAAAUGCUAUUAUUUUUACGGCAGCACGGUGGCCGACUAGUUAGCGCAUCGGCCUCAGAGUUCCGGAAAUCUGGCCUCGCGUUUGUGGAGUCGGCAUGUUCUCCGCGUACUCCGCUUUCCUCCCACAUCCCCAAAACAUGCAUGGUAGCUUAAUUGAAGACUCUAAAUUGCCCAUAGGUCUGAAUGUGAGUGUGAAUGGUUGUUUGUCUCUAUGUGUGCCCUGCGAUUGGCCGGCCGGCGACCAGUUCAGGGUGCACCCUGGCUUUCUGGGUUCUUUGGUGAGCUUCUUAAUAAGUCAUCAUUGCACUCUUGGAGUCAAUUUAGUUGGCUGAGCACUCCCGGGAAGGUUGACCAUUCACCACGGUUUCCCGUUCUCUCCAUUUAUGGAUCAUGGCUGGAGACCGUGGCUCGCUGGAGUCCCAAAGCCUUGGAAAUGGCUUUGUCACCUUUUCGCGACUGGCGUGUACGACAACUGUUCCCAUUCACUGAGUGAGAAGGGCUGGUCAGUCGGCAUUCGCACAAUGGACUCUGCAGGCACCAAGGACGCACGGUUCUACUUCACGCUUCGCACAGACCGAGCCUUGAAAUCGACCACUAUCCUUAACCACCAGCGGUACAGAGCCAAUACCUGGACUCACCUGAUUGUGACUUACAAUAGCCACAACAUGACCCUGUAUGUUGAUGGUGCCAAGGUGGGAGAAAGCAAUCUCCAGUCGGGAAAUCUCUACAGCCCCUUCAUGAAGACCUGUAGAACUUUCAUCCUGGGCAGUAACCAAAAAGCGCAGGGACAGGGCUUUCGAGGCCAUAUAGGAGGUGUCAUCUUGUGGGACCACGCCCUCUCUCAUGAGGACCUGCAGAUGCGAGCGCUACAGAAGACGGAGCCCCUUCUGGCUAUGUGGGCUGACUUUAAAAAUGUGGAACAGAUAUGGACUCCUUACAAAAUGGGAUUUCAUCCAGCUGUCAUCUCCACUCCUGUCCCUGAUUUAGAACUGGUCUCCUCCUUCUUGCCAACACCCUGUGGUCUUACACCCUGUGACAACACUGACGUAAUUUCUGGCUACAACAAUUACUGGCCGCUCCGUGCACCCAAACGAGUCCGCUACAGGAUUGUCAACCUUUCCAAUGACGAUAGCGGAAACCCCACUGUGUCUCAAGCCCAGAUUCUCCACCAACACCAGGCUCUGAGUGAUGCCUUUCGCCCUUACAAUAUCACCCUAGAGUUGACCGUAUACACGGUCAGAAACACGAGCCUCCGGCAGCGUUUUAUUCUUAGCAACUGUCGAAUUGGGAAAAUUGGGAAUCGCCAUUGUGAUCCCGAGUGUGACCACCCAAAGACAGGCCAUGAUGGAGGGGACUGCCUCAGGCUUGGGCCCUGCUACACCUGGAAGAGACAGGAUGGAGUUUGUAACAUGGAAUGUAACAGCAUACACUACGACUAUGAUGAUGGAGACUGCUGUGACCCAGAAGUGACAGAUGUUCUCAAGACGUGUUUUGAUCCCGAGUCACCUGACAGGGCAUAUAUGAGUGUUAAAGAACUUAAAGAGGAGCUUCACCUGAGUGGCAAAGAUACCCUUAAUGUUUUCUUUGCCAGCAAUUCUGUACGAGAAGCGCUGGCAGGAGCUGCGACCUGGCCAUGGGCAAAGGAAGCGCUUACUCAUCAAGGUGGAAUGGUGCUAAACCCAUCCUACUUCGGCACAAGCGGACACCACAAUACGAUGAUCCAUGAAAUGGGCCACAUAUUUGGACUGUACCAUGUCUUCAAGGGGGUGAGCGAACGAGACUCCUGCGAUGACCCGUGUCAGGAAACCACCCCAUCCAUGGAAACAGGAGAUCUGUGUGCCGACACCGCACCAACGCCCAAAUCCAAAGCCUGCCGUGAUCCUGGAGCUGUUAAUGAUACAUGUGGCGUCACCAUGUAUCAGGACACCCCUUAUAACAAUUACAUGAGUUACACAGAUGACAACUGCACCAAUCAUUUUACUCCCAACCAAGUAGCCAGGAUGCACUGUUAUCUUGACUUGGUCUAUCAGAACUGGUUGAUGGAACGUUUACCUGGUGCCAUCCCUGUGCCAGCAAUGGUGACUGACCAGAGUCCAGAUUCUGUCUCUAUUUAUUGGCUAGCGCCAUUAACGGGGCCACUCUAUCAAAGCUCCUCCUCCCACUUGUCUGCUGUCAACUGUGGGGAAUGUGAGAAAGAUGGUGUUUUCCACCAGUAUGCCUAUGAGGCGGCCUCAUCUCGCAUCUGUGACACGUCUGGCUACUGGGCACCUGACGAGGCGAUUGGCCCACCUGAUGUUGAGCAGCCAUGUGAGCCUAGUCUCCAAGCGUGGAGUCCUGACCUCAACCUUUAUGAUACUAAUGUGACAUCACCUUGUCCUGAGACGGAGGGCUGUACCCUCACACUGAAAUUUCUCCACCCCAUUGUCCCACACACUCUUACCCUCUGGAUAACAUACAUUUCAACUAAUAAUCCUGCCAUUGCUGACAUAGAGCUGAUAAUAGACACAGGUAAAACCUUGAACCUUGGACCACAGCACGUCUUCUGUGACAUGCCCUUCACCCUGCGCCUCGAUACCAACAAUGUUGCCAUCAGUGCCAUAAAGCUCUGCACCUUUGAUGAGAAGAUGGAGAUUGAUGCUGCAAUGUUGUCUUCUGGCCCCGGUAGUCCUCUCUGCUCUGACUGUCGCCCUUUGCUGUAUCGGAUUCACCGGCGGCCACCUUUCACCACCAAAUUGCCAUCACCUCAGACCCAGCAGACGUUCACGGACAGGACUGUAAAAACGGGAGAAAGCUAUGAGUACAUGAUCCAGGUGGAGAUUGGUGGUCUUCUCAGCAAUAUCUCCCCAUCCCUUUUUUACACUCACGGGCAGCCCUACUGCGGAGACGGUGUCAUUCGUGGGACAGAAGAAUGUGACAAUGGCAAUUUGUUGGAUGGUGAUGGCUGCUCCAAGAAAUGUCACAAGGAGAAGGGCUUCAACUGCAUUGGUGAACCCAGCCAAUGUUAUGUUUUUGAUGGGGACGGCGUGUGCGAAGAUUUUGAACGGGUUUCCAGUGUUCAGGACUGUGGUUAUUUUACACCUUUGGGUUACACAGACCAGUGGGCAUCUACUGCUACAGCUUCGCAUCAGGACCCUGACCACUGUCCCGCCCAUGCUGCCACUGGUGAACCAUCAUUUCAAAAACUUUGUAGGUACCAGUACAUGGAUGUGAGUGAAAAACUGCCCACUGAUGCAUGGUUCCCUUGCACAGCUCAUUCUGACAAAAGUAAUGAUGUAGAACAUCCUUUUUGGCUAAAGGUAGGAUUUGUCCAUUCCGGCGUGGCAGCCUCUGUCUUGGUGUAUCUGGCUUCAGAUGGGUCAUGGAGCGGGGACCACUGUCAGAGGACUGCUACUAUCCUGCUUUGUGAUACUAUUGGAAAGAAUCAUUCAUUAGGCACCCAUAACCUCUCAUGCCAUCGGAACCCGUUGGUGGUUAACGUGACCCAUGACCUCUCUCGGCCUUUCUUCCUCACCUCAUCUGUUAUCCUCCUCUUCUCCUCCUCAUCUGUGGCAAUCGGGGGCAUAGCCCUGAGGACAUCCUGCCACUUCAGCACCUUCGCCGUGACCGGCUGUUUGAGGCAAACAUGUCAGAUGGACAGCUGCAGCCUCCCCCAGAUUGAGCACGCCUCUGUCAGGUGUGUAGGAGGUGGGCAGUCGUCUCACUGCUCUGUUCAGUGUCACUCUGGUUUCAGUCUCACUCCACUUAACGGAAGGGAAAUCCCACCACACCAGAGGCAGACGGAGAUCGAGUGUUUUCAUGGCUUAUGGAAUCGUGCAGUUACUUGUCAGCCUGUAGACUGUGGCCUGCCAGAUCAGUCUCAUGUCUACCAUGCCAUAUUCAGUUGUCCCUUGGGAACAACCUAUGGAAAACAAUGCUCCUUUACUUGUGGAUCACCGGCCAUUCUUCAAGGUGACAGUGACAGGUUGGUAUGUUUGGAGGAUGGUCUGUGGUCUUUUCCAGAGGCCUACUGUAAGAUCGAGUGCCUGGAGGUUCCAAACAUACCCAACGCUAAGCUGCUAACGACAGAGUGCCUGUCCUCAAGCCAUGAUGUUGGCUCCACCUGCCGUUUCAAAUGCAACCCAGGCUUCUUUGUAUUGGGGAGUCUGAAAAAGAAGACACCGAGGAAAUACUUCAAAUCUGAGUGCCUACAGGCAGGGCAGUGGGAGGAUGCCUCAUGUGAGCCCGUAGCUUGCCCAGCCUUACCUGAUGUUUUCCAGGGCAUGUAUAGUUGCACCAAUGGCCUUUACUAUGAGACGCUCUGUACCCUGCAGUGUCCAGAUGCAAAAGAAAAUAGUGUGAUUCGCUGCACAAAGGAUGGUGAAUGGACAGCACAGUUUACCAUGUGCUCCAAGCUCCAAGGAUCCUGCUCUUCUCCCACUGAUCAGAACUCUGUAGUGUAUAGCUGUGUCGAGGGCAUGGAUAUUGGUGCUGUUUGUUACCCUACAUGUGUCUUGACUCCAGACAUGGAUCUUCAUGACCCAGUGGUUCUGGCCAAUGGCUCCACAGUUGGCUCUUUAAAACACUGGAUGCUUCCCAUCAAAGUUCAGAUGGUUGUCUGCACAGGGAUGAUAAAGUGGUACCCGGCCCCUGAAAACAUUCAUUGCAUUCAGGCUUGUGAGCCUUUCGGUGGGGAUGGCUGGUGUGACACCGUCAACAAUCGAGCCUAUUGCCAGUAUGACGGAGGAGAUUGCUGCCCUUCUACACUAUCGUCAAGAAAGGUCAUUCAGUUUGGGGCAGACUGCAAUCAGGAUGAGUGCUCUUGCCGCGAUCCGGAUGCCAAGGAGAAUAAGAGCAAAGCCGAGGCCCCGCAGGGGGGAGGAGGAAUCCCUUAAGAUAGAGGAGUGAAAGAAAGUGGUGUAACAUAAGUUCAACUGUAGAUACUAUACACAAUAGAUAAACAUAUUACCUUAUCAUGCGGACAAAGGUUUGGAAGGCAAAUACAUUGUUUUGAACAAGGUUAUAGUGGUAAUUCAAACUGCCAUUGCCAAAUAGCGCAUUGGGAAAUAAAAAAAUAUAUGAAUCAAAUAGAGCAUUUCAAUGUGUAAUGAGUUUAAUGGGUACGAGGAAUUGGUGGUGAAGUUAUCCGCAUGAUAUAUGUAUGAGGUUUGCUGCUGCUAUUAUGUGUCAUCUAAUUAUCAGAAAUGAUCACAAUGGUUUUAGCUCAACCCAGGACAUAUUUCCAUUACAUUUAGACAUCUCAAUGGCUCUGUUAAGACUAAUGUGCAUUGACUAAAACAGUACAUGUCUCAACUACAUAUCUACGAGCUGACAUGUUCACAUUUAAAAGAAACAAUGGGCGUAUAUAAUCGUAGUAAUAUAAUACAUAUUUUACAUUUCCAUGGAACUAAUGCUUCUGUUAUUGUGCAGACGUGACUGUAAAGUCCAGCCUCAAACAAACGCUGACUACAGUGUAAACACAACCGUGUAAAAAUAACUGCUCUGAAAUAUUGCGGAUUUCCUUCGUGACAGUUGAAGCUGAAAAAUGAAACCUACAUAUCAAUUGGAGCAAAACACCCGCGCACCGUUAUACAAAGGCAAGAAAGCUUUAAGGAAAAAGGAAAUAACGUCUCCAAAUAUUGUAUUCAAACUAGAGGAAGUGUAACUGUGUUCAUUAUUUGACAGUACUUUAUAAUCUGUGUUGAAUAAAUAGAAACGACAUCUUU